UCCUGUAGGUGUAGCCCGUCCUGUGUGGGUACUUUGGGACAAACUUCUACUGGAGUUAUUCUAAGAGAUCUACAAGACAGAGAUCGCGGGAAGUAUCAUUAAAUAGAGGAAACCUGAAACAUCGUCUGGAUCAUGAAAACCUUCGCGUGAAUUCACGCGUGACACAUUAAAGCCACCGACAUGUUCGCGCGCGGAUCAAAGAAGCGACGCUCCAAUCGCUCGUCAGAGUGUGAAGAUCCGGACAGAGGUCAGCCCUGUAUGCGCUGUGGAGAACAAUGUCCUGGCUUUCGAAUGCACGGAUGGAGGAAGAUCUGUGUGCACUGUAAGUGUGUACGGGAAGAGCAUGUGGUGCGCUCGGUGCCCGGCCAGCUCGAAAAGAUGAUGAUGAAGCUAGUGUCAGACUUCCAAAGGCACUCCAUAUCCGACGACGACUCGGGAUGUGCUUCUGAAGAAUACGCCUGGGUGCCGCCUGGUCUCAAGCCUGAACAGGUUUACCAAUACUUCAGCUGUAUUCCAGAUGAUAAGGUGCCAUAUGUAAACAGUGUUGGUGAACGAAAUCGCAUUAAACAACUCUUACAUCAGCUCCCAGCCCAUGACAGUGAGCCUCAGUACUGUAAUUCUCUGGAUGAAGAAGAGAAGAAGGAACUGAGAUUAUUCAGCCAGCAGAGGAAGAGAGAGAAUCUUGGACGUGGCAUCGUGCGACUUUUCCCGGUCACCAUGACUGGAGCCAUCUGCCAACAGUGUGGAAGGCAGAUCUGUGGUGGGGACAUAGCAGUGUUUGCAUCACGUGCGGGUCACGGCACCUGCUGGCACCCUCAAUGCUUCCAGUGUGCUUCCUGUAAUGAGUUACUGGUAGAUCUCAUUUAUUUUUAUCAGGACGGGCACAUUUAUUGCGGCCGGCACCAUGCUGAGCACAUCAAACCACGCUGUCAGGCCUGUGAUGAGAUCAUCUUUGCCGAUGAGUGUACGGAGGCUGAGGGCCGGCACUGGCACAUGAAGCAUUUCUGCUGUUUCGAGUGUGAAGCAGCGCUCGGUGGUCAACGUUACAUCAUGAGAGAGAGUCGACCAUACUGUUGCUGUUGCUAUGAGUCGCUGUACGCCGAGUACUGCGACACCUGCGGGGACCAUAUUGGUAUAGACCAGGGGCAGAUGACGUAUGAGGGCCAGCACUGGCACGCCACUGAAGCAUGUUUCUGCUGUGCCAGCUGUCGACUCCCCCUGCUGGGCAGACCCUUCUUACCUCGGGGAGGGCUCAUUUUCUGCUCUCGCUCCUGCUCAUUGGGGGACGAUCCUGAUAACUCAGACUCUUGUGAUUCAGCCCUGCAGAGCAAAUCGGCCUCAUAUAAACUCACUCAAAAUAAGCAACGUAGUUCUGCGCAGCGGCCACAAGGGGGAAGCAGCAGUCCCAAUGCCAUCAGGUCUAAAGGCAGUAUGCAGAAGAAUGCACUAGUAACCUCUAGCACAACAACAGUGAAUGGGUGUAGUCAUCUUCCACUGGAGAACAAAGGCGUUUGCACCUCAUUCCCUUCUGAACCUCCACAAUAUGAACAAGCGCACACGCAGAACUCCCACCUGCCCUCUCAGCUCCUUCCGGCAGCCAAUGACAGGACAGAAUCUCUGUGCAAGGACCAAUCAAACAGGACGGACAGUCCAUACAGCGGUCUGGAGUUCACAGUAGAGCUGAAUGGCUAUGCAGAAUUUGGCCCUUUCCCACCCAGCUGCACGUCCAGAGGAACUUCCACAGCAAAGGAUUGUGGGAAUGCUGUUGAAAGUUACACAGGAAUCUCCUCUGAACCCCAGCCAUCAGAUGCAUUCGACGAUUUCAUUGACUCGGACUCCUUUCCGCCACCUCCACCCCCUGUGUGUUUUGACCCAUCUGAUUUGCCGCCCCCUUCAGAUUCCCCACCCACUGUUACAGAACCUGAAGAGACUCCUGUUGCACCUGUUCGCAACGGCACAGCCAGGGUCAGCUUCAGAGAGCCAAUCAGCUGCAGUUAUUCAGUGGAAGAGGACGAUUGGGAGGAAGAGGAAACCGUUGAGGUAAACAGAAAUGAAGAAGAGGAGCAGGAGGACGAUGGAGAAGAAGCCGUGGGAAGUUUGGGACACAGGUUGAGGUUUUGCACUGGAGUACCAUCACAGAUAGACCUGCUGGAUGGGUCCUACCAUCGCAGCCUCCGACGAGGACAUGGUGGCCACGUUGGCACUGAGAAGCAUGCAAAGCGUUUUCGAGGCUCGCAAAGUGACAGACCUCGGCUGGACAUCCUGGAAUCCAGGGAAGGAGACAGCAGACACCGGUCCAACAGCGUCCUGGAUGAAAGACAUGGCAGCCUGACCCUGCACUCCACCCGCUACAAACACGAAGAGUCGUGCUCAACCUGCUCCUCAUCCACAGAUUCCGAGGAGGAAGGCUUUUUUAUGGGCGAGCGUAUUCCUCUGCCGCCGCAGCUGACAGGUGGACAAAAAGAGAGCGAUGGACAAAGAGAGGAAGCAAAGAAAAGCAGGACAGGAAGUUUUAGGAGGAAGAGAACGCAGAGUCUCAGUACGAAAGAAAAAGACAACUGCUUACUAUCCUGAGACUGAAAGAAAAAAGGAUUAAAACUGUAAAAUCAACGUUUAAAGGGACGUGCUGUGGAUUUAUAGCACAUUCUGGAGUCUAUCAACACCAUUUUAUGAACUCCUCUGAACCAUGAAGCUGCUUAGUCUUAAACAAAGGUCAUUAAAGUUUAUGAAUCACAUUUUGUAUGGUAAAAAUAAAAGUUAUCUUACAGUUUGUGCAUUUGCAUACCAGUAUUUGUUUUUUUGAUGCGACUAAAUAUGAUCCAGUACGUAGUUUCAAAAGGGUGCUUGUUGUCACAUUACUAUUACAAUAUUAUUAUUAUUAUUUGAACCGAGGAACAUUUCUUACCCUACUUUGGUUUCAUUUUAUGUAAAAAUGUCAUUUUCUUUAAAGGUAAUGUCUUAUCCAGUUUUGUCUAAAAAUGCCGUAAUAAUGUAAAAUAAUGAUUAAGAAACGAGUUAACAGCUGAUAUUUUUUUCCGGUUCCUUCAGCACAAUAGAAGAUCAGUUGCAGUGUGGGAUACAAUAUUCCACACAGUGUGCUUUGUUGUAUAUUGCACCUUUUGACAACUAUGGUUGGUCAUCCUGAUAUUCUGUGCCCAGCAGUAUACUCUAUGGUGAUUCCAAACAUAGUUCUCUUUUAUGUGAAAGAUUAUCUUUAAAAAAUAGAUUCUCUUUUUUACAAUUACAGAGUGUUCUCAUAGUUGAUUUCACCCCCCUACGUCUACUGAACCAUUACAUUUUAAAAUAGUUAUUACCAAACCUGAAACCAGUUACUUUAACUAGUGAGCAGUUGCAUCUUGCUUGACUAGUUUUGAAAGGACUGUGUUAUUUGCACUUGCUAAAGGUUUAACAAUAUGAAACUUAUUGAAAUGCAAAUGCAAUGUUAUUGUGUUACUGUAUUUGAAUAUGCAUUGUCGUGGCUGUAUAAGUAACAAGUUAAGCAGGAGAAUAUUCCACAAUGUUUCUAUGGUAUUGCUAUAACAUAGUAUAAUGAAAACCAGGAAACAUAAGGCCACUCCAGGAUAUAGUGAAAUGGUAAUGUCAAUUUUAUAUAUUCAUGAACUGUAUAAUAUGUAAAUCAAUGUGUAAAUGAGAAUUUUAAUAAAGACACAUGACAUUCUCUUUUUGUAUUUCCAAACAGAGAUCAAAGAAUUGUAAGUUAAAGGGAUAGUUCACUCAAAAACAAAAUUCUGUCGUCUUGUAUUCAUCCUCAUGUCAUUCCAAACCUGUAGGUGACUCUUUCUUGUUGGAAACAAAAUGUAUAUAUUUUUUAAAUGUGGGGACUGAGGUUGUUAUAUGGUUAGACAGAUUUAUUGGUCCUGCAAGGGUGAUUGAGGUGCAUUAGCAGCAAUAAAGAUGAGAGAAUGACAAAAACAAGACCGUAGACAAUAGUAUAAACAUGAUAAACAAGGCAGGGAAUAUCCACAUGUAUUAAAUAUACAAAUUUCAUACAAAUUAACAAGUGUAAUUAUAAUACAUAUAAAGUACCAACUAACGUUCUUCAAAUGUUAUUGUGUUCUGCUGUCGACAAAAAGUAAUUUAGUUUUGUUAUAUGAAUUUUUACUUUUUGUAUGAACUAUCCCGUUGUGGACUGUACUUUCAAAUUCAGCAUGGUGGUGGUUUAUAUCUUUAUCCAGAUGUUGGCUGGUCCUAACUUUAAAGACUAAGGAGGUUUUUUUAUCUUUUUCAUUGAGGAAAAUUUCAUCGCCGCAGCUUGGAGACUGCUGACAUUAUUUUUCCAACUUAAUAAAGCUGUUGUACAUUUAAGUA